AUGAGCGGUUAUCCUGGUCAAGGAUAUCAAGGUCAAGGCUACGGCCAAGGCUAUGGCCAAGGUUAUCCUCCUCAGGGAGGAUAUUACCCACCGCAGCCUGGCUAUGGCGGAUAUCCCCCACAGCCGCCCCCGCCGCAACAGUACUAUGGAGGAGGCUACCAGUACCCGCCUCAGGACGGAUCUCGGGCAGGACCUGGCGAUCAAGCCCACCAACCGCCACAGGGCAUGCAACAAUUUGGGCACGGAGCACCUGCGGAUUAUGCCUUUCAGUACUCGCAGUGUACGGGCAAGAAGAAGGCCCUACUCAUAGGCAUCAACUAUUUUGGCCAAGAGGGCGAGCUCCGUGGCUGCAUCAACGAUGUCCGCAAUCUCUCAAACUUCUUGAUGGAGUUUUUCAACUACCGCCGUGAGGACAUGGUCCUCCUUACGGACGAUGCGCAGGAUCCCAUGUCCCAGCCCACCAAGGACAACAUCACCCGUGCUAUGCACUGGCUUGUUGAGGGCGCGCAACCAAACGAUUCCUUGUUUUUCCACUACUCUGGCCAUGGCGGACAAACCGAGGAUCUCGAUGGGGACGAGGACGAUGGAUAUGAUGAGGUGAUCUACCCUGUUGACUUCCGUGCAAACGGCCACAUUGUCGACGAUGAUAUGCACCUUUGGAUGGUGCAGCCCCUCCAGGCGGGUGUUCGUCUCACUGCCAUCUUCGACUCUUGUCAUUCCGGAUCCGCCCUGGACCUUCCAUACGUAUACUCAACCAAGGGUGUUCUCAAAGAGCCCAACUUGGCCAAAGAGGCCGGUGUUGGUCUGCUCGGUGCCGUCCAGUCUUACGCUAGGGGCGACCUGGGCGGUGUCGCGACCAGCCUCUUUGGUUUUGCCAAGAAGGCUUUUAGUGACAAACAGGCGCGCGACAAAACCAUGCGCACCAAGACAUCACCGGCUGACGUUAUCAGCUGGUCGGGUAGCAAGGACGACCAAACAUCUGCCGAUGCCACGAUUGCGUCUCAGGCAACCGGAGCCAUGUCGUACGCGUUCGUGAGUGCUCUGAGGGCAAACAGACAUCAGACCUACAACCAGCUGCUCAACAGCAUCCGAGACAUUCUAGAAGGGCAGUACAGCCAGAAACCUCAGCUCUCCUGCUCACACCCACUGGAUACCGAAAACGUGUGGUUUGUCAUGUAA